CAGAAUCCUUUGAGUGCGUUGGAUUCUUCUGAAUCCAAUAUGGCGACGCUAGGCGACGAAGAUAAAAGCAGUUCUGCUUCUAGUGAAAGCCGCUCUUCCAGUUGGUAUCUGGUACAGGAUAACUCCUCAGCUGUUAUUGAUAUUGCUAACACUGAUGAUCUUCAGUCAGAACCAGGAAAUGUGGAAAGCCCUGAGGGGAGCCCAAGUCGACAGGGAAUUUCAGAGACAGAGUUUAUGGAAAGGAUUAGAGAGAGAAUGGCACAGGAAGUUGGAGGUUAUGUUUGGCAGGCUGGUAAGCAGUCAGCCAAAAGAGCUUUUGAUCUGUAUGCUAACAUUGAUAUACUAAGACCCUAUUUUGAUGUUGAACCCAUUGAAGUUCGCAACAGGUUAUUCCACUCACUGAUCCCUAAGUUACCGUCAACAGCAUCUCCCCAGACAGUUGUUGGUGAAUUGUAUGGUCCGAUGAUGUUGGUGUUUACCCUGAUUGCCAUUCUUCUCUUCAGCAUGAAAACAUCUGGACACACAGUGCAAGAGGGAACACUCAUGGGCACUGCUUUUGGAGUUUGUUUUGGUUACUGGCUUGGUGGAGCAGCAUUUUUCUAUUCUGUGGCAUUCAUGUGCAGCACCCACCUAACCUUUCUCCAAAUUCUUUCUUUAUCAGGAUACGCAUUGUUUGGAAAUGUUCUUUGCCUUUUUUUAACGACCGUUGGGUAUCACCAUUCACACUCAUUCUUUUAUGCCUUGUGGCUGAUGUUUGGAGGACUAUCAGCUGCUAAAUUGGUGACUGUGUUUAUGAGCCGCACAUUCAAUCGACGCCAGGGUUUGAUUGCUGGUUGUGUGGUGGCUGCUGUGCAUUUGUUGUUUUUAUUGUAUCUCCACUUUGCAUAUCACAGUGUGUACGAAGACUCGGCUGACAUGAUCUUGACUCGACACUCAAGAGAGGUAAUGACCUUGACACCAUCUGUUCCUCAAUUAAAAGACAUUGGAACUGACCAAGUGAUUGCCACCUUGGCCAGAGUGAAAAGGAGCAUAAAUGACACUAUGGCUGGAGCAACAUCCGUGGCCAUUUGAAUGAAGGCUGAUUAUAUUGCCCUUUCGCAGAUGGAACAAACUGAUGAUAGCUUGAGAUGAACUAGAUAAACCUAAAAGAAAAAUAAUUUGAUGUUGUUAUCUAGUUACAAUCCUUUGAAAAGAACAUCUGAUGUACAGCUUGUCUGUAGGCCUAGAAGGCACCACCAUUCAUAUUAAUGUUAAUGGGUAAAGGGAAGUUACUUUUAAUAAUACUUUUUUGAAUGUGUUUUGAAUCUAAUCUCUUGUUGUAACUUCAAUUUAUAACUACUUAAUAUGCUUUGCAGGUGUGAUGAUGUUUUUUAUGGUUGGGUGCAAAUCUAGUUACUUCAAAAACAGAAAAUUAAAGAUUGAACUAAAUCAACAUGUACCUUAGCCAGAAUUUGAGGUCAUUGAUGGAGUUAAGCUGCACAGCUUAACUUCAGAUACAGUCGGAGGUAAAUUGUUUCAUGUAUGUUCUGUUAAAAUGUGAAUCAAUAAGCACUUAAUGACUGGCCCCAAGGGAAACAGUGAGUUUUGUUUCCCAGAGACUCUCAGUGUUCCCCAAGGUGAAGCAGAGUGGAACAUUGAGGUCGAGGGGAAACAAAACUCACUGUUUCCCACGGGAACAGUCAUUAAGUGUUUUGUUAUACCU